CCUUAAAACCACCAGCGAAGAAGAAAUAUGAACUUUAUUUGAACAUGGCGACCGACGUGAGCCGUGAUGGUUCUGAAAAUAAACGCAAACUAGAUGAAGAUGAGGAUGAAGACGAAGGCGGAUGGGUCGGGCCGCUGCCUAAUGAGGCCACACAAACAAAAAAGAAGAAAGUUCUAGAGUUUGAGAGACUGUACCUGGACAAUUUACCCUCGGCCUCCAUGUAUGAGAGAAGCUACAUGCACAGGGAUGUCAUAACACACAUUGUUUGCUCCAAAACUGAUUUUAUCAUAACAGCGAGUCAAGAUGGGCAUGUGAAAUUCUGGAAGAAGAAAGAGGAUGAAGGAGUGGAGUUUGUCAAGCACUUCCGCAGCCAUUUGGGAGUGAUGGAGUGUAUCUCGGUCAGUGCGGAGGGAGCUCUUUUCUGCUCUGUGGGUGAUGACAAGGCCAUGAAAGUGUUUGAUGUUGUUAACUUCGACAUGAUCAACAUGCUCAAACUCGGUUUUCAUCCAGGCCAGUGCGAGUGGAUCUAUAAUCCGGGAGACGCCAUCUCCACCGUAGCCUGUUCGGAGAAAUCGACUGGGAAGAUUUUUGUAUACGACGGACGGGGAAGUAAUGAGCCCCUGCACACGUUUGAAAAGAUGCACACCACGCCACUGUCUCAGAUCCGCCUGAAUCCGAGGUAUCGCGUCAUAGUGUCGGCUGAUAAAGCGGGAAUGUUGGAGUACUGGACGGGGCUCCCGAGCGAAUUCAGAUUUCCACGGCAGGUGGAGUGGCAGUUCAAGACCGACACGGACUUGUAUGAGUUUGCCAAAUGCAGAACGUAUCCCACCAGCCUGGCGUUCUCCCAAGACGGCAAGAAAAUGGCCACCAUCGCCACCGACCGCAAAGUCAGGAUUUUCCGCUUCCUCACUGGGAAGCUGAAAAUGGUCAAAUACAAAUCCUUAACGAUGUUCACGGAGCUCCAGCAGAUGAGGCAGCAGCUGCCUGAUAUGGAGUUCGGCCGCAGGAUGGCGGUGGAGCGAGAGCUGGAGAAGGUGGACGGCAUCCGCCUGACCAACAUCAUCUUCGAUGAGACCGGACACUUUGUGCUUUACGGCACCAUGCUGGGCAUUAAAGUCAUAAACGUGGAGACUAACAGGUGUGUGCGGAUCCUGGGCAAACAAGAGAACAUCCGUGUGGUGCAGCUGAGUCUGUUUCAAGGAGUAGCGAAGGCCAUGCAGGCCGCUCCCACCAUCGAGAUGAAGGCCUCUGACAACCCAGCGCUGCAGAGCUCUGAUCCAGACCCCACCAUCUUCUGCACCGCCUUCAAGAAGAACCGCUUCUACAUGUUCACAAAGAGAGAGCCAGAGGACACCAAGAGUGCUGAUUCUGACCGUGACAUCUUUAAUGAGAAGCCGUCUAAAGAGGAAGUGAUGGCAGCCACACAAGCAGAAGGGCCGAAAAGAGUGUCAGACAGCGCCAUCAUUCACACCACAAUGGGCGACAUCCAUAUCAAGCUCUUUCCUGUGGAAUGCCCCAAAACUGUGGAGAACUUCUGCGUCCACAGUAGGAACGGUUAUUACAACAGCCACAUAUUUCAUCGUGUCAUCAAGGGCUUCAUGAUCCAGACCGGAGACCCCACGGGCACAGGGAUGGGUGGAGAGAGCAUCUGGGGGGGAGAGUUUGAGGACGAGUUUCAUGCCACACUGAGACACGACAGACCCUACACCCUCAGCAUGGCCAACGCAGGCCCAGGAACCAACGGAUCGCAGUUUUUCAUCACCGUCGUCCCAACUCCCUGGCUGGACAACAAGCACACAGUCUUUGGGAGGACCACUAAAGGUAUGGAGGUGGUCCAGAGGAUCUCCAACCUGAAAGUCAACCCCAAAACCGACAAACCGUAUGAAGACAUCAGCAUCAUAAACAUCACCGUCAAAUAGAUGUGCCGUCUGAGCUGUUCACUUCUGAUUUUGUAAAAUAAAGCAUAUUUUUUGUUGUUUUUUUUAAAUACUGAGUUUCAUUAUUGAUGCUUCAUUCAAAGUGUGUUUUCAGCAUUGUUUUUAAUAGCUUAACAUUAUGAAUGGUUAUACAAAAAGCCAUCAUCAAUUCAACAACAAACGUGGAUGUGCACUGUGCUUCUUGAGAAGCUUCCAAAACUCACAUUAACAACAAAGCCUUUCGCAACAUGAGAUCCUCCUGCGAUAGGGGACAAGGAAAGGCUUCACACAUGCGUUUCACUUAAGUACAGUUAGUCAACAUUACAUAGCAAUGAGGAUCAAUGUUUCAAACCAAAGGAUGGUUCCUAAAUCCAACUAAUGCAGAUAAUCUGUCAAAUAAUGGAGCGUUUACAUACAGCCACAUCUGUGUUCUAGCUGAAGUUACACCGAUGAACCAAUAUUCAUAUAAUGUAACGGUGUUUGCUUUAGUUAAGAUGCUAAGAAACACUUGCUCUAAUAAAUGAGAUAGCCAGAUAUUAAUAAGCAGUGGACCAUUGAACUGGGAGCGAGUUUAUACAUUUUAUGACAACUACAAUCCUCCUUUAAAAUAUAAAUAUCAGUAACAUUAUUAUUUGCCACAGACACAUCCAUCUCUCCAUACAAGGUGAAAAUACACCUACAACCAUGCACCAGUCUUAAGACCACAAUGUACAUUUCAAUAAAUAUUUAUAGGCUCAUUUAAAGCCAAAAAUUCACAACAGCCAUAAAAA